CGGCCGCCCGCACCGCUCCUCCUCCGCCGAUCCCCUUGUCUUUUUUUUUUUUUCUAUCUCUCCAUCUCCUUCGUCACCACGCUCCUACUACUCCCUCCAUCGGGACGGCUUUCAGCGAGUGAGAGGGACAGUCCACCAGCACCUACGCCGACAGGGACGACUCCCACUGCCGCGCGUUUCGACAAGCAACAGCGGCCUGCUGCUGAAGCAGGAACCACCUCAAUUCCCGCUCCACCUCGCACAUACAGCUGCUCCGGCCGGCGGCGGCGUCAGCGCGAGCGUGGGGGGUCUUAAUUCGCGCAAGCUUCCAAAGAGCUAGCGUCGGUGCCUGACUGCCAGCUGUAGCGGAACACGGCUUUCUCAGCAACGCCAAUGGGGGCGACAGCCGCCGCCGCGGCGGCGGUUCUGCUCCUCGCCGUCGUCGCCUGCAGCGCCGCCGCGCCGCCGCAGCUCAAGCACGCCACGAUCUCAGGGAACGCCGGUAAUGUGCUUCAAGACAACCCGGUGGGGAAGAUCAAGGUGUUCGUGUAUGAGAUGCCGAGGAAGUACAACCAUUACCUGCUGGAGAAGGACGGCCGCUGCCUGUACCACAUGUUCGCGGCGGAGAUCUUCAUGCACCAGUUCCUGCUUGGGAGCGCGGUGCGGACCCUGAACCCCGAGGAGGCGGACUGGUUCUACACCCCGGUGUAUGUGACGUGCGACCUGACGCAGCAGGGGUUCCCGCUGCCGUACAGGGCGCCUCGGAUCAUGAGGAGCGCCGUGCAAUACAUCGCGGCGACAUGGCCUUACUGGAAUAGAACCGAGGGGGCAGACCACUUCUUCCUCGCUCCUCAUGACUUCGGGGCAUGCUUCCACUAUCAGGAGGAGACUGCGAUUCAGAGGGGGAUCCUGCCGGUGCUUCGCCGCGCGACGCUGGUUCAGACGUUUGGGCAGAGGAACCAUCCGUGCAUGCAGAGUGGCUCCAUCAUCAUCCCUCCCUACGCCAACCCGCAGAAGAUGCAGGCUCACCUCAUCUCCCCUGGCACGCCUCGGUCCAUCUUCGCCUACUUCCGCGGCCUCUUCUACGACAUGGGCAACGACCCCGAAGGUGGCUACUAUGCGAGGGGCGCUCGUGCGUCGGUGUGGGAGAACUUCAAGGACAACCCUCUGUUCGACAUGUCGACGGAGCACCCGUCGACGUACUACGAGGACAUGCAGCGCGCCAUCUUCUGCCUGUGCCCGCUGGGGUGGGCGCCGUGGAGCCCGCGGCUGGUGGAAGCCGUGGUGUUCGGGUGCAUCCCGGUGAUCAUCGCCGACGACAUCGUGCUCCCCUUCGCGGACGCCAUCCCCUGGGAGCAGAUCAGCGUGUUCGUCCCCGAGGCGGACGUGCCGCGGCUGGACUCCAUCCUGGCGUCGGUGCCGCCCGAGGACGUGGUCCGGAAGCAGCGGCUGCUGGCCAGCCCGGCCAUGAAGCAGGCGGUGCUGUUCCACCAGCCGGCGGCGAGGGCCGGGGACGCCUUCGACCAGGUGCUCAACGGGCUGGCGCGCAAGCUGCCCCACGGGAAGGGCGCGUUCCUGCAGCCCGGGGAGAAGGUGCUCGACUGGAACGCCGGCCAGGAGAGCGACCUCAAGCCCUGGUAGACUGAGAGCCCUGUAUGUAGAUCGCGCCUGUACAUUUCAGUUUUCUUCAGACCACACUUGUUCUUUCUUUUUUGUCCCGUUUCGUUCGUUAUUUCUUUCUUUUUUUGCGUGUAUGCAGCAGCAGCCAGCAGAGAUAGAGAAGCAGCCAAGCGUGAGGUUUGUACGUGUCGAUGGUUUGCGAUGUGUGAUUUAAUUUAGCGUUUAGCAGCCUUGCUGUGGUUUUGCUC